GUCAAGAACCUCGGAGCGUGACUGCCCGCUGUAUUUGCAUCGACUCCGGCGAAAGGGAAAACACAUUCAAAUUCAUGGAAGGAAUUACAAUGUGCUAUUUUUAAGUGAAACCACAUCAGACAUAUAUGGAAGUUUCGGAAGAUGAUUUCCUGAAAACAAACCUCUUCAAGGUCAGAACAUGGGCCGAUCAAAUGAAAAGAUGAAGAUUAUAAUCCCAGUCCUCAGAUGCCAAAUCACUGUGUGACUGUGAGAAUGCAACUCAGUCACUUCUUGAGGUUCUUGACUUUUUAUAUCAGUAGCUUCUUGGCUCAGCAAAGUAAUACACAGUCGUGGAGUUCACCCAUCACUAUUCGCACUGUAGGAACAAAGAGUGUAUUGAUUGUUUUUGGGAAGUGCCCAGUUAUAACUUCCUUUUAAUGUAACUGGCAUCUUCCAAUUGGAUUGUUUUAUUGGAGAGGAAGUUAAAACAUCAAAACUCACCUCUGUUUUCACCUUUAACCUUGCUUUAACUUUAAUGUGAUGAUCAUAAAGUGUAUAAAUAUUCCUGACAAGUGAUCACAAUCCUGGAACCCAGGUGAGAAAUGAGGUCGCCGUAUUUUUUCCCCAAGGUUUCCUGUGUACUUCCUUGAAGCAUUCACAUCCCGUCUUACCGACACCCCUCCCUCUCUCUGUUUCUGACUAUAUAAGACCCUCCCUCCUCCCCUCCUCCCACACCACUCUGUCUAGUUCUUCUUUCCCAGAUCUCUGAAGACCCGCACAGAGCCAACUGCGACUUGCAGGGCUGAUCAAGUUUCUGCAGGAGCGUUGGCGCCACAAACCGCUCAACGAAGGUCAUUGAAACUGGACUUCAGGCUCGAGCCAUGAAAGCUUGCUCCCAUGAGUUGGUGGCUUCAUAACCCAGUGGUCGGAGCCCAUACGAGUUCAUCCUCUUAAGCGGUCGUCAUGGGUCCAUGUGAGCGUGGUCAGAGGUGGUGGAGCAUCGCUACAGUGGGUGUGUUACUGGUGCAGCUCAGCCAGGCCCAAACCAACCCACUGCAGGCUUCCUGUUUACCUGACCGCAUCCAGUAUGGCAUCGCCUACCCUAACUACAACGACACAACUGGCAAGAACCCAGCUGCCUCCUUCAUAUCUGCGCCAGUGCAGUCCUUCCUCCGCACAGUGCAGCCAAGGCCCUUCCCUAAAGAUCUGAUCCAAGAAGUUUACCAGGACAUCCCGAAAAUCACAUCAGAUCAAGCAGUCAUCCGAAAAGUACUGCAGUAUGAAAUUGGUUUCCUGGUGUGUGCGGCUAUCGGAGUCCUGUACAUCGUUCUGAUGCCCAUUGUCGGCUUCUUCCUUGCGUGCUGCCGCUGCUGUGGCAACUGUGGUGGGAAUAUGUAUCAGGAGCAGACAGCAGCAAUUCAGUGUCGCAGAAGAACCCUCUACUGGAGUCUGCUCGUCACCACCGUCAUUAUCUUCGCUGGCAACAUUUGCAUGUACAGAAGUAACCAGGCUCUGAGACAAAGCGUGGAAGAUGGUUUUCAGGACGUCAACCACACCCUGGACAAUGUUGGAACAUUUGUCAACGCUUUGCCAAAGCAAGCGAAUGGUGUUCUAGACGAGAGUCUUAAGGUUAUAAGAGUUGUGACGGAGAACAUUGAUGCUGUCGGGCCUCAGUUGGGAUCGGCUAUCCAGGGGCGUAUUCGAGAGGCUUUGGAUCCAACUUUGGAAUCUGUGCGAUACAUGGAUGAGGAGACUAAAAAGGUUGACCGGCAAGUGAAAGAUUUGAACUCCAUGUUGAAGACGCUGGAGGACAACAUGCGUGACCACCAGACCAGUCUGGAUGCAGUGAAAAGUGACCUCAAUGCAAUCGUGUCGAAGCCCGAGUGCGUGCGCUGCAGCGAGAUAAACGUGGAGCUCACUCUACCUGACUACAAACAUAACACCAGUAUGUCACAAUUCCAGUCUGCACUGGAUAAAGUCAUCGAGGUCAACCUCACGUCCGUCAUCACAGAGGCGCUGACCCACGUGAACAGCAUCCCUGAGACAGUGGCCGUGGAGACGCGUGACGUCGCUGAGAAGACCAAGAGGGAGCUGGAAUUGAUCUCUGACCUGAGUGGCCAAAUUGACCUGUCGUUCUUGUCCAGCGUGGACGACAUGCUGAAUCAGGCGUCCAGAGAAAUUCACAAAGCAACGCCACUGGUGGAGAAAGCUGAGCAGAUCAGAUGGAAAGUGACCAUCGCUCUCUGUUGUGUGGUCCUGCUGGUUGUGGUGUGCAACAUCCUGGGUCUUGUUCUGGGCCCGGUGGGUCUACAGCAUUCAGAAGAUCCGACAAAAAGAUCUCAAACAGCAGACUGUGGCGGCACGUUCCUGAUGAUGAGCGCAGGCAUCAGCUUCCUCUUCUCCUGGCUCUUCAUGAUCAUCGUUCUUGUUCUCUUCAUUCUGGGCGGGAAUGUUUACACUGUUCUCUGUCAGCCCUGGAGCGAGGGAGAGCUUCUGGAGUUCGUCGACAGUUUAGACCUUGUUUCUCAGCUGAGCUUUACCACGGCUUCUGGAGAUCAAAUCAAAUUCAACAUUUCAGGCGUCUACAGUGACUGUCAAAAGAACCAGCCUGUGUGGUCGACUCUACAUUUGGACCAGGUUGUGGACCUGGAAACUCUGUUGAACAUUUCUAAAUACACCAGUGGUAUCAAGGAGGAGUUUGAGAAGUUGGACUUCAGCCUGUCAGAUUUCACGCUGAUGACCCCGACGGUCAAACAGGAGCUCAACAAAAUCUCCGCUGAAAGUGUUGACUUCUCUGCAUUCAGACAGCAGAUGAGCAACAUUAGUGGUCUAAAUCUGAAUUCUACUGCGGACCAACUUGAGCAGCUCGCCAACACUCAAACAAACAGCCAGACAAAGGCAGAGCUAUUGGCCCAGGCUGAUAAAAUACGGCAGAUUCAGAGCAGUAUUGAAAUGACGACGUUCCCCCUGCUGCAACGAAUGGAGUCAACCAUGAUUGACCUUGAAACCACCGUAAACAAAUUAAAGGGUUUGGUCACUGAGAUCCUAAAGCGUGUAGAUGCUACACAAACAUUCCUCAACACACAAACUUCCCAGAUCGUGAAGACCGAGAGCAAGGAGUUUCUGAACUGUCAGCUCAGCUACAUCGUCGCUUACAUGAACUGGGCCAGAACGGCGAUCACUGAGAAAGUGGGUCAGUGUGGGCCGGUGGCAAACGCUGUGGACUCUGUGGAGACCGUGGUCUGCUCCAACCUGACUGAGUCUCUGAACGCCUUUUGGUUCAGCCUGGGAUGGUGCCUCAUCUUCUUCAUUCCCAGCAUCAUCUUAACCAUCAAACUGGCCAAAUAUUACAGAAGAAUGAAAUAUUCUGACGUCCACGAGUAAAGACGGCAUCAAGUCAGUCGUCAGCUAACAUGACGACAAGCUGCUGCUGAUGCUGCACCAAUAUGUGGCAGAACACUGUUACUCAAAUAUUGUCGCUCACAUUUCACUGUCCAUGCUGUCUGACCGAGUCAGUGGGAAUGAAGGGAAUUUGUUUUGAUGUUGUUUGAUGUCUGCUUUUCAUUUUUAAAUAUUAGUUGAAAGUUUAAGAAGAAAACCUCUGUGAUAAAUUCUGCCUAUUUUUGUAUGUUUUAUAAAUGUUUUUUUAAAGCUGAUUUGAAUGUUUUUGUACACACUGGUGAAUACUGUAAAUCUGACACUGCACUUUACUUGAUUUCUGCUGGAAUAAAA